CAUCUUCCAUUUUCUAUUCCUCUUCUUCCUCUUCCCCAUCAUCAUCAACAGACAAUGGCCAACAUGGGUAUCGACGCGUACUCACCCGCAGAGGUGGUCGAGAUGGUCUCUCGCACCGGUGUCAUCAAGGGAAACAUGCGUCUGGAUAAAGUCUUCUUCAGCGCCGUUUCGGCUGGCUGUCUGCUCGCCUUUGCCUGCGGUACGGUCCUCAGCACCAACACGACUCCGUGGUUCCAGACGAAUGCGCCUGGUUUGAUCCGGACCAUCAGUGCAUUCUUCUUCCCCUACGGCUUGUGUAUGAUUAUUCUUACUGGAGCGGAUCUGUGUACUGGUUCUUUCAUGUACACCACCAUUGCUGCCCUCCAACGAAAGCUGCCCUGGUAUAAGAUGCUCAUCCACUGGGUCGUCACCUUCUUCGGCAACCUCGCUGGUUCCCUCUUUGUCGUCGCCAUCAUCUUCGGCUACGGCGAGGUCUUCACAGCCGACCCCUUCAAAUCCGCAGUCAUCAGCUUCGCCACAAAGAAACAAGUCACCCCGACCUUCCACGAGAUCUUCCUCCGCGGCAUCGGCUGCAACUGGCUCGUCUGUCUGGCCUGUUUCUUCGGCAUCCAGGGCCGCGAUCUCGCAUCCAAGGUCAUCGGCAUCUGGUGGCCGAUUUUUGGCUUCGUCUCGCUGGGUCUUGAUCACGUUGUCGCCAAUAUGGCCUUUAUCCCGAUGGCGAUUUGGGUGGGUGCGCCGGAUAUCACUGUGGGGUUGUAUAUCUGGAAGGGGAUUAUUCCUACCCUGAUUGGGAAUAUUAUCGGGGGUGGGCUGUUUGCUGGCGCAUACUACUGGUACAUGUACCUGGUCGACACGCCGUCUAUCCCCAUGUACGGAAUUCGCAAGAAUGGCGAAAAGUCAGCGGAUGGCAGUGAAGUUUUCCCUAAAGAUGAUGUGGAAGGCUCUGCUGGUGUGACAGGACGUGCUGCUUAAAUGGAUUAUUGAUACAUUCAUGGAUAUGGAUGCAUGGAUAGAUGAGUUUGGUAUAUCUGGUAUAUGUCAAGUAAUGGUAAUAUGUCUACAUAAUAUUUUUCAUUCAAAGCAUUUGCUUGUGGUAGUAUAUCGCUACAAGUAUUAAUAUAUAGUCAGUUAAUGCUAUUUUAUACACAGGCGACCUACCAAACACCUGCC